CAACCAGGGUGUAUGUAUGUGGAUAGAAAAAUGUCAGGACCUCAAUGCUGUGAAAACCCUCCUGUUCUUAGCUCAGUCAGUGGUUUAGGCUCUGUAGAUUAUGUCGGCGGCCUCAAAUCCUACGUUUCUGGUUCAUCUAGUUCCAAGCUUGCCGUUGUUCUUAUAUCCGACAUAUUCGGAUAUGAAGCUCCAAAAUUGAGAAACAUUGCUGAUAAAAUUGCUAAAGCUGGAUUUUAUGUGGUGGUUCCUGAUUUCUUAAAGGGAGAUCCUUAUGAUCCUACAAAUGCUGCUAGGGCUCUUCCUGUUUGGAUCAAGGAUCAUGGAACGGAUAAAGGGUUUGAAGAUGCCAAAAUUGUAAUUGCUGAUCUGAAAAGCAAAGGCAUAGAGAGUAUUGGAGCCGCAGGCUUUUGUUGGGGAGCUAAGGUCGUCGUGGAGCUUUCUAAUUACCCGUAUAUUCAAGCUGCUGUUUUGUUGCAUCCUUCAUUUGUUAGUGUGGAAGAUAUUGAAGGAGUGAAGGUACCAAUUUCUGUACUUGGAGCCGAGAAUGACCAAAUGUCUCCAGUUGAACUUGUGAAUAAGUUUGGUGAGGUCUUAAAGGCCAAACAAGAGGUUCCUUACUUGAUAAAGAUAUUUCCAGGUGUUUCUCAUGGGUGGAGUGUUAAGUACGAUGACAAUAACCCGAAAGCUGUUGAAUCGGCGGAGGAAUCACAUCAAGAUUUAAUCGAUUGGGUUGUCAAGUACAUUAAGUGACAAGAUUUCUAGCUUAUAUAUAUUGUGUUCAAAUGCUUUGGCAUUCAUCUACUAGUAAUGGUGUUUUUCUCAUAUGAAUAAGUUUCUUAUGAAACAAAUCUUUAAUAUUCUCUUUUGUACCCAGAAAUGGGUAAUAUUGUAAUGUAUAUUGGUGGCUUAGUUUUCCACAAAUGUUUGGAGAAUAAGGGUGUACUUAAAAACCUUUUACUAGAAUAUUAUAAUUUGGAUGUGGAUUCUAAGUUUACUA